AGCUGGAAGCGUAUUGGUCUGUCUGCGGAAGACAGCUGAGCGCUACAAACAUCGAGUCACUGUUUGAACAUCCAGCUCCAACUUACAGAACACUGUCAAAUCCCAACACAUCCACAAAACCCGCUCGCUUCACUUCCCGUAAUCUCAUCCGAAAUUACUUUUACCAUCAUCAUCCUCAUUUACUCGCGCUGCUUCAAAUUAUCGGCUGAAAAAAGGGGAACACGGACAGAUAAAAAGAAAACAUCCCCCAAACCAAACGGAGUCUGGUGAAAUGCACGGCUGCCUGUUUUUUUAAGGAGGAGGGUGUCCAACGCUGAGCUGUAGUUUCUCUCCAAGAGGCGAGGAAUGCAAUCUGAGCAUCAAUGUUUCACUGGGGCAAGUGGAAGAAGAGGAUGGGAGCCAACAGUUCUUCAAAGAGACCAGUGUUCGACGAGAAGGAAGAUGUAAACUUUGAUCACUUCCAGAUUUUGCGGGCCAUCGGAAAAGGGAGCUUCGGAAAGGUAUGCAUUGUGCAAAAGAGGGACACAGAGAAGAUGUACGCCAUGAAGUACAUGAACAAACAGCAGUGCAUAGAGAGAGACGAGGUCCGAAACGUCUUUAGAGAGCUUGAGAUCCUACAGGAAAUUGAACAUGUAUUUUUAGUAAAUCUCUGGUACUCCUUCCAGGAUGAGGAGGACAUGUUCAUGGUGGUCGACCUCCUGCUCGGAGGAGACCUGCGCUACCAUCUGCAGCAGAACGUCCAGUUCGGCGAAGACGCCGUCAAGCUCUACCUGUGUGAGAUGACUCUGGCCCUGGACUACCUGCAGAGCCAGCACAUCAUCCACAGAGAUGUGAAGCCAGACAACAUCCUUUUAGAUGAACAAGGUCACGCUCACCUGACAGAUUUCAACAUAGCGACCAUAAUAAAGGACGGAGAAAGAGCCACAGCGCUGGCUGGAACCAAGCCCUACAUGGCUCCAGAGAUCUUCCAGUCGUUUGUCAGCGGAGGUACAGGCUACGCGUUUGAAGUCGACUGGUGGUCGUUGGGGGUGACGGCCUUUGAGGUGCUGCGUGGAUGGCGGCCGUACGAUAUCCAUGCCAGUAACUCUGUGGAGUCGCUGAUCCAGCUCUUCAGCACAGUGAGCGUCCAGUACAGCCCGGCCUGGCCCAAAGAGCUGGUGGCACUACUGAGGAAGCUGCUGACUGUGAACCCAGAGCAUCGGUUUUCCAGUCUGUCUGAUAUGCAGACGUCUCCAUACCUCGCUGCUGUCAACUGGGACUCUGUGUACGAGAAGAAGAUGGAACCUGGAUUCGUUCCUAAUAAAGGUCGGCUCCACUGCGACCCCACCUUUGAGCUGGAGGAGAUGAUCCUGGAGUCGCGACCCCUCCACAAGAAGAAGAAGAGGCUGGCAAAGAACCGCUCUCGAGACAACAGCAAGGAUUCACAGUCUGAGAACGACUACCUACAGGAGUGCCUUGAUGUGGUGCAGCAAGAGUUCAUGAUCUUCAACCGCGAGAGAUUGAAAAGGCGCCAGGAGGAGGGCCAGGAGGAGGGCCAGGAGGAGGCCGGGGCCGACGAUGCCAGCGCUGACAGGGACGACGAGGCGGAAACUGGGGUCGCCGAAGACAUCGCGCAGGAUCCGGACCCAGAGCCGGAGUCCUCCUCCAAACUGAGCAUGUGCGGCUCCGUGUGCUCGUCCCCCGGCAGCUGCUAGCCCUCACAGCGACGGAUCUGUCUGUGCCGUGCCAAUAGAUCCCCCCCUUCACCUCUCUCCUCUGUCGCCGAGGAAACGCACAUGGAAGAGAGGGCCGGGGGGAGGGGGAUGACCCAAAAUGGCUGCCCCAGUGUUCUGUCUCUUUUACUUUCCGUAGCAUCUUUCUGGUAAGGCAUGAAUGAAGCAGAUCCCCAGAGACUCUCUGUGCUCAUAGAGUAAGCUCUAACUUCUAUGCAAUGUAACAUUAUAGCAUGAUAAAUAAGGUUUUCACUCACUGGGAGGUGUUGAUCGUAACCACGGUGACAGCGGCCCACAGCUUCAAGCUGCAGUAUGUAACUUUUAUUUAAAAAUAAUAUGUUCUUAUAUAUUUCUUAAAACUGUCGCCAUGUUGUAAUAUGAGACAGAUAAUGUGUGAAAACAUCAAUCUCCUCCACCUCUUCCUUGAGCUACUAAUGCCUUCUGAAAAGAUGCACAAAAACAACCAAUCAGAGCCAGAAGGUGGGUCUUAAUGGUGUGAAUCAAGCUCAUGUACUCGCUGCUAAAUGUAAAAAUGGUGGAGAAGCAACUUACCUAUACAGGAAAGCCAUUUCCUGUAUAACUUUCACCAGUAGCUAAGCUAACUAACCUGAACAUUCACUACAUUCUCUGCUAGCUGUCGUGCCGCACAAGAGUAUGGUUGACAGCGCCAAGACCCGCCUCCUGGCUCUGAUUGGUUGUUUCCAGGGUUAUGAUAGUUUUUGGUUGAGUUUUAUUUUGUUGUGACCUUUUGUUUGUCUAACUCAGUUAGUCGUAAAUAGUUUUCAGAGCAUGUUUGCUAGUUAUUAUUAGUUAAAUAUUAGUUUUAGUUUAGUUUUUAUUAGUUGUAAAUUUUUGCCAUUAACUGGUUAAUUCAAAAAGGUAAAAUUAAUAUAUUGUGAUUAUGUAGACAUUGAUUAGAUAAUGAAUGUUUAACAGAAGAUAAAAAAAAAUUUUUUUAAUAUAUAAAAUUAUUAACUAUUGCUGUCGUCAUUAUGCAAAAAUAACAUAAUCUGCUGACAGCUGAUGUAAACGGCUUGAGUGGGAGAAAACAAAUCCAUCUGUAUGAAAUUCUAAUAAAUAAGUUUAUAAAGAAGAAAACAAAGUAUGUUGUAUCUACAAUUUCAGUAUGUUUACAUUAGCUUUACAAAUGCACGACGUUAGUUUAAUUUUUCCUCAUUAAUUACUGUUUUUAUUUAUUUUAGUUAGCAAAAAAUAUUUUCUCAAUUUCAGUUUGUUGUUUUGCUACUAUUAUAACCUUGGUUAGCACUGGGAGAAAGCUGAUUUUUUCACAGAUUAGCUGUUUCAUAUUAUAGUGGUGAUGGUUUAAAUAAAUAUGUCAAACAGAAGUUGGGUUGCUUGGUUUGGUUGAGGCUCCUCUCGUUCUUCUCAAAGUCUCUGUGCCAAAUCCGAUCGGGACGACUCUGAAGCCACUCGGUUUGUUGUCGUCUGUGUUUCCGCUUCGCUCUCAGCCUCUCGUACGAUCAUGGUGGGGAGAGAGAACGCCUCCUUUCAGCUCCACGACUAUUUAUUUUACUAUUCAACAGUCCCACAUUGGGGCGAAUGUUUUCCAUCUCCCUUGCCUUAGAAUAAAUAACCUCAGAUUGAAGGAAAUUGCCUUAAAACCCUUCGUAGGUCAAUGGGCACGAAUCCAAGAUUAUUUCUGAUACUUUUCCAUCCUGGCAUUGUGUUAAAAAGUAUCUAAAUGCCCCAGAGAAGCAAAAUGGAUGCUCAAUUUUCUGAAAAUAAACAGAAGCAGUUAGGGUGUAUUUACUUUUCCCACAUACAACUCUUACUUUUUGGCCUUUGACCCUUUUUUUAAGACUUGAGAUGAGAUUAAAAUAUAAUCGUGGGGUCUAGUAAAGACAAGAUUAUACAUAUUAUGUCCUGAUUCCUAAAAUUAAAAGUGGGUGUUCUCUCUUUUUUUUUACCAUGAUUAUGUGUUUAAUUCAAAAACACUAAAUCUUACCAAAUAUCUUUUUUUUGUCUAGUUUCUUGUGAAAAUAUCUUAGGUCUGUGUUAUUCCAAGUGAGCUAACUUUUAGUAAGAUUUAGGAGCUUGUUUUAAAUAAAUGAUUAAUACUCAUAUUGAUGAAAAAGUACUAGUUCAACUGGCAGAUUACUUCAGUAGUAGUAGUGUGUGUCCAUUGACCAUAUUAAUUUGAGACUGAAAAAUAAAUUUGCUAAAUGAAACACAGAAUUUUCAGGAAAAACAAAAUAAAUUUUCAAUAAAAAGUCUUGAUUUAUUUAUUUUGCUAAACUUUUUUUCUGGUGUAAACCACAAAGAAGAAGACAAACAGGACGUGGCAGCAAGUUUUUUAAUAACUCAUUGCAUGAACAAACUAAUUUACACGUCAUUUUAAUUGUUUUUCUUAUUUAACAGAAACAUUAAAUUGUGAAAUUUUAGGUUUUUGUGAAAUUAGUGGAAUAUUGUCAAAGUUUUGCUGAUAUUUAUAAUGUAAAUGCAGUAUAACAAGAAACUAAUACCUUUUGUUAUAAGUGAAAUAAUCUGGCAGUGGAACUAGAACUGGGUUGCUAGGUGACGGGCUGGGCUGGGCUGGGCUGGGCUGGCGUUGCUAGGUGACGGGCUGGGCUGGCGUUGCUAGGCAACUAGAAUUUGCCCUUUUUCAUCAGCAUUAAGGAAUAAUUUCCUUAAAAUAAGCUCCUAAAUUUUGCUGAAAAGUUACUUGUCAGAUAGUUUUGUCUUAUUCAAAGUGCCCUUAGAUAUUUAAACUAGAAACUAGAAAAAACUAUUAUAAUAUUUGGUGUUUUUGCAGUGCUAAGUUGCCCGAAUUCGGGGCUAAAGUGUUGGAUUUUCAGUUGCCGCAGCUUCCUGAGUCACAGUUUCCAGUAAGUGUUGGUUGGUUUCAUGUUCUUAAACCUAUUUAAAGUUGUGCCUGUCUAUGAUAAUCAGUAUCUGUUAAUAUUGUUGCACCCACAGAUGCAUUAUAAGAUAUUAGUCUGGUUUUUCCUCUCUAAGUGUGAACCAAGUUCGUUUGAAGCCUUUUUUUUAAGAUAUUAAGGUAACUUAAUUCACGGAAAAUCAGUACUAAUGACUGGAAAAAGGCCAGAAUAAGCUCUAAGGAUAGAUUACAGCAUUGUCAGCCUUUAAGAAUCUAUUUCAAAGCUGCUUUACUAGACAUCAUCCUAUUAAGUGCUCAGUUAGGACAAAGAUCAUCUCCCAUAGGGCUUAGUUUGGGGCCUAAACGUGUAGCUGUUGGUUCUUCAGACUGUAGAUGAGCUCUCACAGCGAUGCUCGCACAUUUAAGGUGGUCGUGUAGCAAAGAACUACCUUAAAUUAACCCCCUGGGCCUGAUCAUGAAAAAAAAGCAGUGUAAAUAGCAUGUAGUGUAGUUAAUUAAACUCUCCACAGUUUUAUGUGGGACUGCUAACUCUACGUGUAAACUGAGGGAAGAGCUUAGUGAAGCCCCGCCUCCUCCUAGCGCUUCACUCCGCUCUUCUCUCCAAGUGUGCAGGCACAACUUGUAGGCAAAAUAUGCCAAAGCUUUUCUACCAUUUGCAUAACCAUUUCUAAGGAACUUUAAAUGUCUGAAUGUAUGUUGUAUUUUCUUUUUUUGUAGAACCCAAGGUUUGCUCUGUUUAAUAGUGAAAAUUGUCAUUGUUUGUUUGACAGUAAUGUGGUUAUUUUAGGUGGAGUGGUGUUUUGAAUUUCUGGUGAAACAGCUUGCAAUUUAUGGUGUCUUGGGGAUAGAAAAGAAGAUUGAUGCCAUUUUUAUGUCUGUGUGGAAAACUCUUACACUGCAAAUCUAAAUCUUACCAAGUAUUUUUGGUUUAGUUUGUAGUGGAAACAUCUUAGCACACUUGAAAUUAGACAAAACCAGUUUACAAAUAAUUUUUCAGCAACUCUAAAUUAUUGUUUAGCGUCAAUAAUUUCUUGAAAUUGUUGAAAGAUACUAGUUCCAUUGGCAGAUUAUUUUACUUACAACAUGGGGAAAAUGUCUUGUUAUAAGUGAAAUAAUUUCCCAAUAAAACUGGUACAUUUUCAGGAAUUAUUGGCUUAAAACAAGUUCUCAUAUCUUGCUGAAAGGUUGCAUGUAAGUAAGUUUUGUCUUAUUUAAGAUAUUUCCACUAUAAAUUAACCAAAAAUACUUGCUUUUUAAUGUUGUUAAAAAAUGUUGCUUUUUAAACGUAUGCCCCAACUUUUAAUCCUGCAGAUGUUACUGAUUAAAUCAGUCGUCCUGAUCAACAUUUAUUAGUUAACAGGUCCCUUCAGUGUUUAAAUUAAGGUAAAUUUGACUCCAAAAUUAUUCAUACCAAAAGUUUAUUUCUUAUAGAAGAUAAGAUGGACAUCGCAGAAAAUUAUUAUACAAAGUAACAGGAGCAUCAAUUGAAAAUAAAACUAAAACCUCAAGAUGUUUAAAUAAUUUUGAGCUUCACCAAUGUAACUGGCAAAUAAUGCUAACAUUCGUUAGCAUAUUAGCAUAUUUUUCCAAAUUACUUCCGGAACACAGUUCAGUUGGGUUUGGCUUUAUUUCCAGAUCUUGAUUUUGACUUGAGAGGAUUCUGAAACCCAUGUUCUGAUCAGAACCCAGCCACCCCUUACUGAGACAACCCAGCGAUUCAGAUUUUUUCUUUCUUUCACAGGAUGUCCGCGCAUCCUUAAAAAGUCUUAAAUUUGUGUAUCUAAAAUUAAAGCCUUAAAAUAUCUUGAUCUUCAAUACAUUAAUCACAGGUCUUAAAUUGUGUUUUGUGACUCAGUGGGGUUGAGUAUACCGCUAACUGGCUGCUAAUACACCCUUGCUAGCUAGCUAGCUUUAUUGCAUCAAUCUUAGGCAGAUUUAUCUGCGGUUGACAGGAUGACAUUUUGUCUUCGCCACUUCUAAUGCUACAUUCAUUAAAAAGAUUAAAAGGAAAGGUAAUUAAUUUCUUCAAGUCGAGUAAGAAUCUGGCUGUAGCUACAUUUCCAUUGACCAUAUAAUUCCAAAAAUUGGAAUUAUGAAAAUAAAUUAGCUUAAUGGAAACACACCAGAGUCUACAAUCUCAUGACUUUUGAUAAAACAUUUUUGCACUGGGUCAAGGUGGGUUUUUUGUGUUAAAAUUUGUUUAUUUCACAAAACUACAAUGGAAAGACUUUUUUCACAUCACAACCGGAUGUUACUACUGGCAAAAAACACUAACAAGAUGACAGGAGAGGACGAUGGCGCAACAUGUUUUUUAAUGACGUAUCACAUGAACAAACUUAUUCACAUGUAAUUUUAAUUGUGUUUCUUAUUUAAUGGAAACACAGCAAUUGCAAAUUCACGUCUUUUUGGCAUUAGUGGAAUAUUGACAAAGUUUUGCGAACAUUUGUAGUGGAAAUGGAGUUAGUAUCUCAUAGUCAAUCUCACAAAAAGUAGCAUUUACUUGACAUAUAUUUCUUUUGUAUAUUUCUGGUGUUAAAUUUUGUCCAUGAUGGUCUUUAAAAGUCUUAAAUUUAAGUUGGGAAAACCCUGUUUCAUCCUUUUCAUCACGCUGCCUUUUAAAGAUUGACCCUCAGCAUCUUCAGCUGUAGAGUUGUUGCACAGACAUGAGACUGGUGUGAAUCUUCUCAAAUCAUUCCCAGAAUGAGGCAAAUAUCUCCCAAAAUCUGUAAUUACUCCCUUUAUCCCCACAUGACGCCUAGAUUUAGGAGCUUUGUUAAAGGGAUAUAAAAAGGCAUCCUCAAAGUCUCCCUGUGAUGACCUGAAUAGUGGUUUUGAACCCUGUUUUGUUUAUUUUUUUGCUGUGGUUUGUUCAGUUUUUGCAUGUAACUUUACAACAUAAGCCUGAUUUAGCCAAAGCCUGGAGCUUGAGCCUGACCGGCUGAUCUUAUGCAUGCAGAAGCUUUUCCUCAUACCUCGCCGCUCACCCCAUUACUGACUGAGUGUACCUGGAUUGCGAGGCAGUGAGUUUUGUGAACCCAUGCGUUGUAUAAAAACGAUAUAAUCCUGGUGUUACGUAGACAGCAUGUUACCUUAGAUGAUAUGGAGAACGUCUCGGCAUCCUCUUGGUGGCCUUGGUUUUUGUUGUUCAGGGAUGCAGCUAGGGCUGGGCGAUGACUCGAUUUUAUCCAAUUUUUGGUUUAUGAAGAUUUAAUUUUUGGAAAAUCUGAAAAAAAAACAUUUCUCCAAAGUUCAGAGGGAUGUCACCACACCAAAGCGGCCAUCUUGUUUGACAAACAAGAUGAAUUCAGUUCAUUUUUACAACAAAAUGUAAGACUCAGACUACGAUUUAGAUUUUUUUUUAUGAAAAUAAAGUCAAAAAGUUACAAAAAUAAAGUCAAAACAAUACGAGAAUAUUACAUAAGCAUAUAAAAUAAAUGAGUUGUAAUAUUAGGAAAAUGAAGUAGUACAUUUAUGAGAACACAAAAAUGACAAAAUGUUAAUUAUACAAGCUUUUUUCUCAUUAAAAUGACUUUUUCCUCAUAGUUUUAAUUUGUUCUUUAGUAAAAAUGCAUCUUUAUUUUGCUCAUAUUCUAACAUUGUUCUCGUAUUUAUAUAGAAAUUUUCCUAGCCUGUCUCUAAUACUCUAUUGUACCACAUGCAAAGGGAUAAUUUACAUAAAAGGCACUUUUUGAAAAAAAUUUCUGUCAUUUGUAAAACUCAAGGCCUUAAAAUGUCUUAAAUUCAUUCAAAUACAUCUAACUUGGUCUUAAAUACAUUGAUUGCAGAUCUUUAAUUUUGUCCGAGCUGGACUACUUAAUGUAGUAUUUUCUAAGAAUGUUUGAGGUUUUUUUUCUUCCCUCUGGGCUUUUACUCAAAAGUUUGAGUAAGACACAGACAUCUUUAUUGCGACACAAAGCACUUGAGGCUACUGCUAGCUAGCUAGCUGUUAAUAUAGCCUUGCCAGCUAGCUACCUAGCUUUACUGCAGGUCAUUACUGCAUCCAUCAUUGCAGUUGGCAGGAUAAUGUUCAUCGUUGCUCACAUCUGUGGCCAACCUGUAAGAUGUUUUGUGCAUUAAAACUAUUUUAAAAACAGUAAAGUCAAGUAAAAUUCUGAUGACAUCUCAUAGUCAGCUAGACAAGGAGUGCCAUUUCUUCCUCAAUAGUUUCCAUUUUUACUAAUAUGUACAUAAAAUAUGUAAUUUUUGUUGGACAUCUCUGUUUAAAUUUCAUUCCUAAUGAUCUUUAAAGUCUUAAAUUUGAAGAUACCUUGUUGUAGUUUCUUUUUGAGGAAAAAAAAAAUCGAAUAUGGUAUGAAAUAAAUCUGACAUUUUAUUUUUAAUCCAAAUCGCCCAGGCCUAGAUGCAUGUGAGCGACACGAUGUCCGCCGUUGUGAGCGUGAUGAUCUGUUUUAUUUGUGCAGCAAUGCAAUGACUACCUGGAAUUGCUCCCUGAUCUAUAUGAAGAAUUUGCUCCUUCUUUUAUAGUGAUUCAUGAAAAGUUCUGGUUUGUGGAGAAGAAGGUUCUCAGACUUUGUUCCAUCAGAUUCAACAUAUUCCUGAGGUGUCGAUGUAAUCAUCUGUUAAUCAUUUGUAAAUGAACUUAUUCUGAUAUUUGCGUACAUUUCUAACUGGUCGUGUGUUUCUUUGUUUAUGUUCUGGCUGCGUUUAGCACCAAAUCUCUUAAUUCAAACAUUUUUCUGUGAUGUUGUCGGGACAUCCUGGUCUGUGCUCCGUCUUUGCCCUGUGGAUUCAGUCUGAAACUCGGUGGAAGACCCAUACCUCUUCUCCCCUCACGUAACGUUCUCGUACUUCAGGAUUUCUACUGUCAAUUGGGUGGAAAAAAGAAAAUAAAGUCUUGUUCCUUUAACAACUAAAAACUGCUCUGUGUUCAAAAACAUGAUGCUGCUUUGAUUGCUUUGAUAAAGAAAUAAAUCUUCCAAUGA